GUGCUCAUGACGAGAAGUACAUGUCAAAAAAGUUCGUUUUUUUAAUUACCUUCAGGGAAGAAUGUUUCAUCACACUGGCUUAGAGGUUUAAAGAACUAUUUCACUGUUAGUUAAAAAAAAAAAAAUUAUACAGUUUUAGUGUAUGUUUCUGAUUCGCCCAGACAGUUUUAAUGUGUGAUAAAGGAUAUUUUAGUUUAUGACAAUCAACUUAACUACCACGCAGUUUGUCCAGCAAUGUUAUGUCUCCUGGGGUUUGAAGUGUGUACAUUUCCCAAUUAUCCCACAAAAUAUCAUUUUUAAUGUUAAGAUUAAUAGAUCUUUCUUUCAAUUUGAACUAUUCCCUAUGCAUCACGCACCCUGAAAUCUCUCAAAAAAAGAAGCAUGAUAUAAAAAUUAUAUUUACGCUUAUGAUUCAUGUGUUCAUACAGACGGGUGACAAAUGAGAAACAUAACGAAUGCAGAUGCUUACAUACAGACUUACUACAUGAUACAAUUAAGCAAUUAACAUCCUAUCAUGCUCUGUGGCAUGUAUGAAAAUGCUGAGCAGGCCCAGUUCACCUCGAUUUUGGAUCAAGAGGAAAAGAUCGAAAUUACUUUGAAAGAAGGUUCAUUAUUGGGGCAUAGAUGGCAGGAGCUUUAGUCACUGUUUUUGAUAUAAAAUAAAAGAUUUUGUGUGCGUUCUUAAAGACGCUCUCAAAGUAGUUUCUCAGAGUGAACAAAAUCUGUGAAAUACUGUGUGUGUGAGUGUGUGUGAGUAUUUGUGUGUGGGUGUGUGUGUGUGAGUAUGGGUGUGUGGGUGUGAGUGUGUGAGUGUGUGAGUGUGUGUGUGUGUGUGUGAGUGUGUGCAUGUGUGAGUGUGUGUGUGUGUGAGAGAGAGUGUGUGUGUGUGUGUGGGUUGUAUGUGAGUAUUUGUGUGUGGGUGUGUGUGUGUGUGAGUAUGGGUGUGUGGGUGUGAGUAUUUAUGUGUGUGAGUAUGUGUGUGUGUGUGUGCGUGCGUGAGUAUUUGUGUGUGUGUGUGUGGGUGUGUGAGUGUGUGUGUGUGCGCAUGAGAGUGAUUGUGUAAGUGCUCUUGUGUAUGGUGGGGGUUAAGUGUAAAUCUCCACUCCCUUUAGAAACUGGCUAAACUCAUCAGUAUGUAAUUAAGCAAACUAUUUUUGUAUAGCUCAAAAAUAUGUACAUGUAUUCUUUGUUUCUGCACAGUCAUUCAGUGAUAUUCAUCACCAAGCAGGUUAAUAAACAAACAAUCAUCACCCUGUCAUAUGUGUGUUUGUGUGUGUGAUCUUUAUGAGUAAAUCUACACUCUCUGCUCAGCCUGCUCUGCUCAGCCUGGCCUCAGUCCAACACCACACCUCCCGCAGCUGUGGGCUGAACCAGGAAGUCAUUCCCACUCUCUCUGUCACGCAGUUUCAGAGAAACAAAACUUAACUCUGUCUCUGUCAGUGAGAGGAGAAAAAUGGCUGAAGGUAGUGUUUCACUGGAUCAGGACCAGUUCAGCUGUGCGAUCUGUCUGGAUCUACUGAAGGAUCCGGUGACUAUUCCCUGUGGACACAGUUUCUGUAUGGGCUGUAUUAAGGGUCGCUGGGAUCAGGAUGAUCAUACUGGUGUCUACAGCUGUCCCCAGUGCAGAGAGACCUUCACCCCAAGGCCUGUUUUAAGAAAAAACACCAUGCUGGCUGAAGUGGUGGAGAAACUGAAGAAGACAGGACUCCAAGCUGCUCCUCCUGCUCACUGUUACGCUGGACCUGGAGACGUGGAGUGUGAUUUUUGCACUGGGAGAAAGUGCAAAGCUGUCAAUUCCUGUCUUGCUUGUCUGGCCUCUUACUGUGAAACUCAUCUCCAGCCUCACUUUGAAUUUCCUGCGUUAAAGAAGCACAAACUGGUCAAAGCCACUGGAAACCUGCAGGAGAAGAUCUGCUCUCAUCAUGACAAACUGCUGGAGGUUUACUGUCGUAUUGAUCAGCAGUGCAUCUGUCUGCUUUGUGUGAUGGAUGAACACAAAGGCCAUGAUACAGUCUCAGCUGCAGUAGAAAGGACUGAGAAACAGAAGCAGCUGGGGGCGACACAGAGUAAAUUCCAGCAAAGAAUCCAGGAGAGAGAGAAGGAGCUGCAGGAUCUGCGACAGGCUGUGCAGUCACUUAAGCGCUCUGCAAAAGCAGCAGUGGAGGACAGUGAGAGGAUCUUUACUGACCUGAUCCGCUCCAUUGAGAGAAGGCGCUCUGAGGUGAAAGAUCUUAUCAGAGAUCAGGAGAAGGCUGAAGUGAGUAGGGCUGAAGGACUCCUGGAGCGACUGGAGCAGGAGAUUGCUGAGCUGAGGAGGAGAGAUGCUGAGCUGGAGCAGCUUUCACACACAGAGGAUCACAUCCAGUUCCUUCAGAGCUGUCAGUCUCUCUGUGCCCCUCCUGGACCUGGAGACUUUCCCAGCAUCACUGUCAGUCCACUCGUCUCUUUUGAGGCUCUGAGGAAAUCUGUCUCUGAACUGAAAGAGAAACUGGAGGACGUCUGCCAGGCGGAAUUAUCAAAGAUUUCUAUAACAGUGGGAGAAGUCCAUAAUGAGCCCAGGACCAGAGAGGACUUCUUACAAUAUUCCUGUCAGCUCACUCUGGACCCCAACACAGCAAAUCAACGCCUCCGUCUGUCUGAGGGGAACAGAAAGGUGACCUGGGUGGGACAGAUCCAGCCAUAUCCUGCUCAUCCAGAGAGAUUUGAGCACUGGCCCCAAGUGCUGUGCAGAGAGGGUCUGUCUGGACGCUGUUACUGGGAGGCUGAGUGGAGUGGGGGUGGGGUUUAUAUAGCAGUGUCAUAUAAAGAGAUCAGCAGGAAAGGGGGGGGUUAUGACUCUGCUCUGGGAUGGAAUAACAAGUCCUGGGGUUUGUGCGGCUCUUCCGGCGGUUAUUUUUUCAGGCACAAUGCUGUGCACACUAAAAUCCCUGUUCCCCGCUCCUCCAGAAUAGGAGUGUACCUGGAUCACAGGGCAGGAACUCUGUCCUUCUACAGCGUCUCUGACACAAUGACCCUCCUGCACAGAGUCCAGACCACAUUCACUCAGCCCCUCUAUCCUGCGUUUGGGGUUUGGAGUGUUGGAUCCUCUGUGAAACUGUGUGAUCUGGGAUGAGGCAGCGAGCGAUGGGGAGACCUGGGCCCUGGUUCUGAGGCUAGGCUAGCUCAGUUAGCAUUGCGGCCGUACAGAGCGCUCGUUUGCUCGCCUGUCUCUGCUCCUCUGCUCCUCGCGUCUGCAGCCACACUCAGCAGAACCCUGCUCCUUUGCUUGACGUUUCAGUGCUCGACUAAUCAAGUCCUAAUUCAUGUUAGCCAGAGUUAAAUUCCCAACAUUAUUUGACACAGCGUCAUAUUACCCUGUAUUUUUAAGUGACAUACAUGAAACGGGGCCCAGCUGUAAUUAAAGUGGGAGGAAAAACAUUCAGAUGAUUUAAUUAAUUAGUCUUAAAUUAAUUAAACAAAUAUAGACUCUAGUUUGAUUUAACACUGAUUAUUUUGCUGCAUAAGAGAUUUUUAAACCGAUUAAAUUUAUAAACAAGUUUUAUAAAACUUCUUAUUUUUAAAGUGUAUUAAUUUACUAUUAAAUUUGAGGUGGUAUAACAGAAUUAUAGUUUUGGGGGAGUUUUUUAAAGGCACUUACUCAUUCAAAUAAAUGAAAUAUACAGAAAACAGAAUACAUUUCUUUUAAAAGAUGAAACUUUGUUUUUCUUUCUUGGUCACAGUGUUAACCUCAUGAAUUCUCAGUGAUCAGCAGAAACUCUGGUGCUGGUCCAGGUGAGAGAAAUGAUGAAAGAGGGAAUCCUGGCCAGGUGCCUCCACAGGACUGCAGUGCUGGGAAAUGAAACAGUCUGAAAUGCUACUUCUGUUAUUAUGCUAUUACUGCUGCUCUGAAUCUGCUGCCCUGAAGCCUUUUCCAGCUAACAGUGCUCGACAGCUUUGUUGGCGUUGUUAUGCUUUUAAUAAAUACUGAAAAAGUAUAUAUUAUAUAUAAAUAUAAAUGAGAAAUAUCAAUGUUGAUUAUAAAUGUAAAUGUUAAACAUAAAUGCUAAUUUUCCACACAUUUUAAAUCAUUGUUCACAUAAACCUGUAUGGGCAAAUUAACUGUGGAGCGCUGGAGCUGGAUCUUGCGGGGAAACUGAUGAUGUGAUGGCAUUUCCUCUGUAUGAGGUAAAGGAGACUGACAAACUGUUCCCUGCUGAAUUACUGGGGCUGCUGACCAUAAUGUGGACAACAGCGACCUCUUGUGCUCAUGACGAGAAGUACAUGUCAAAAAAGUUCGUUUUUUUAAUUACCUUCAGGGAAGAAUGUUUCAUCACACUGACUUAGAGGUUUAAAGGACUAUUUCACUUUCUGUUUUUAAAAAUAUAUAUUGUACAGUUUUAGUGUAUGUUUCUGAUUCGCCCAGACAGUUUUAAUGUGUGAUAAAGGAUAUUUUAGUUUCUGACAAUCAACUUAACUACCAAGCAGUUUGUCCAGCAAUGUUGUGUCUCCUGGGGGUUGAAUGUGUAUACAUUUCCCAAUUAUCCCACAAAAUAUCAUUUUUAAUAAUAAGAUUAAUGAAUCUUUCUUUCAAUUUGAACUAUUUCCUAUGCAUCACGCACCCUGAAAUCUCUGCACUCAAAAAAAGAAGCAUGAUAUAAAAAUGAUAUUUACGCUUAUGAUUCAUGUGUUCAUACAGACGGGUGACAAAUGAAUGGAAAAACCAGAAUAAAUGAGAAACAUAACGAAUGCAGAUGCUUACAUACAGACUUACUACAUGAUACAAUUAAGCAAUUAACAUCCUAUCAUGCUCUGUGGCAUGUAUAAAAAUGCUGAGCAGGCCCAGUUCACCUCGAUUUUGGAUCAAGAGGAAAAGAUCGAAAUGACUUUGAAAAAGGGUUCAUUAUUGGGGCUUAGAUGGCAGGAGCUUUAUUCACUGUUUUUGAUAUAAAAUAAAAGAUUUUGUGUGCGUUCUUAAA